AUGAGUUCAACUGUAAUUAGGUUUAGAGCCGGCGUCUGUGAAUAUAACGAAGAUUCACGUCUAUGUACUCCAAUUCCAGUUCAGGGUGAGAUUGAGAUUAAGCCAAAUGAAGAAGAAGAAUUGGGGUUUUGGGAUUUCGAGUGGCGUCCUACGGAGAAGCCAAUUGGGAGAGAACUGGAUAAUAUUUCUUUAAUUCUAAUUCCUGGGGAGACAAUGUGGGUUCCAAUAAAAUCUAGCAAAAGCGGAAGAGUAUUUGCUUUAGUUUUCUCAUCCAACGAGAGAUACUUCUUUUGGCUACAAGAGAAGAGCCCAAGUAGCUUGUCUUUAAAUGAAUUGAGCGCCAAAGAUAAAGAAAUUUACGACAAGAUGAUUGGAGUGCUGAAUAACGGUGGCGAAAGUGAUAAUGAGGAAGAAAAUCAUGACGAAAAGCAAAAAGCUCAAGAUGUAGAUGUUGAUAUGCAAGAUUAG